UGGACAUAUGAGAGGGGGUGGUGUUUUGUAUAUCAAUCUGCUUCCUUGUUUGGUAGUGAGACCCGUGGAAAGGCGACAAACGCGCUGGAAAGACACCGAAAAAAAGCGAACAAGAGCUGGCGAUUGCAACUAACUUAAUGGCGGAUGCUGCUGAUCUGACACUCCAGGAAUAAUGGUAUUUCCAUGGAGGGAAGAGUGGCGGAACCCCCACGCCGUCUGGGCGAUGAAACAUCUGUAUCAGUGUAUGGAGCUCUUUCUAGUUGAGGUGCCUUGAAAGUGCGUCUAUUAAUUAAAGUGGAUGAUUCCGCUGGAUGGCGCGAUGAAAGAAACACGGGGUGGCCCGCUGAAGACCAUGAUUUUUGGAGCUACUUUACAUAUUUUGUGCUUUAUUUGCGCCAUACACGGAGGCAAACAAAUGCAAGGCGCUUAUACAGGAAAGAAAGAAGAAGCCCAUCUUCCUGACUACCUAGAUCCAACUACCAUCAAGCCCCCUAUCAUUUCAGUGGUGUCCCAGCCUCACACGCUUAUAGUUGACGUGGUGCCUGACAGAAAUCUUGGGAAGGAGAUAGGUGGCCAUUUAGAGUACAGAGUCAUUUAUAAGAAGGAAGAGGAGGAGAUGUUCGAGAAAUAUAGAGACUUCAAUCACCUUUCCACCCAUCUGACUAUUGAAGGCCUGGAUGCAGGGGUGAAAUAUUGUGUGCAGGUGAUCUAUUUAGCUUACAAAAGACUCCUCAAUGAACCGAGCAACCUUGAGUGUGCCAUCGUCACGGAGCCGGAAGAUGCCAAGCACACGCGAAACGCAGUGGGCAUUGCGGUCGCUGUGAUUCUGCUGUGCAUCCUGGUUCCAAGUUGCUUGUGGAUGGUUGGCAAAAACCAGAAGAGGUUGAAGCAGGCUUUGAAACCCCCACUCAGUGUGCCCCAGCACUUCCAAGAGUUCCUCAUGGAGGACUUUGACCUGUCCCAGCCGUCGGUUGACACCAAGCACUGUGGCUCCAGUGCUGAGGAAGUCUGGGACACUGUCUCGGUGGUCUGUCUACAGGCAACUGAUGAGAUCGAGGACUCUGCUCCUCCAAAGAUUCACUUUGUUGUGGGUGGUGUGUUGUGGCCAGAAGGUCCAGGGGACCAGCAGCAACCCAAGCCCCUCAGAGUACCAGGCCAGGCCGGAGAUGAAGAGACCAGUAUGAACAAUGGCUCCUCAUGACCAGGACCUGCGUAUGCAAUCUGCCGUUUGCCGCUGUGUUGAGCCGGAAACAUGCAACUUGCUGGUCUCUCCACUGAGUGGUCCAAAACUCAGGGACACGACUCCCGUCCCAAGCCUGACUGUCCAAGCCAUGAUGGAAACUCCUCGCCUGUGCAUUUGUAGAAGGUGGUGCCAGCCUUGGCCUCACGUGCCACACCGAGCAUCUGUUAAUCACGGCCAUGCAGCAGGCGUGGCAUCCAGCGGCAGGCCCUGUCUUCCGGUCAACGCGUCCGUGUCCUCACUCCUGGCAACUCCAUUUCGACAUCAUGUCCGGAGAUAUCGCAUCUGUGGCAGGAAGCCUCUUGGUGACGGAACACUUUGUUGAAGAUAUCAAUUUCCAAGAAGUAUUAUAUCUGGUGCUUUUGUUGGGACCAUGUUACUACUGAGCAGAACUGUUUUCUAUGCAUCUUCCCUUACUGCAGCAUUCGGGAUGCCUAUCUCUUCAGGUUUUUUUUUUUUUUUUUUUUUUAAAGCUCAGGGUACCUACAAGGAUAUAGAAACUUUUGGGCUGGAGGAUGUUGUCCAUCUCCUCUGCUCACAUCCCUUUGCACAGAGAGAGCAGAUGGAGGGCAGGCUGCCCAAACCAAUACUAGUAACAAAGUGGGAUGUAACUCUUCCAGGAACUGUGCAGGAAAUAAAAGCCAUCACUCAUUUAGUUUAUUUUUAUUGAUCUGAUGUAAUUUUUUAAAGCAUUACACAGAGAGCUAGCUCAUGCUGGCCUUUGUGGUGGGAGUUAUGCCAUCCACUUGUCAUCUGUAAUGCUAUCAGGCUAACAUCCACAGAAUGUUACAUCCCCCAUUCAGGUCAAUUCUAGGAAAAACCCAAGCUGAAGUGCAAUACACAGAAACUUUGAUUUGUAAUCAAUCAGCAGAGCUGCUAAAUUAAUGUGGGUUUAAUAGUUGAAGACUGAGCUACUGUUGUCCUGCAUUAACUGGAGACUGGACGAUAAGCAGCAGCAGCAGCCUUUGAUUUUGCUACUGUGCUGAAUUCUGCCCCCACCCACGCAGAAGCUGGGUCAUUAUGGUCAUUAUCAGUGAAAAUUCCAGUCCCUUUGUGUGACCGUUUGUCUCACCCAAGGGGAACUACUGCUUAUUGUGAAUAAUCAAAUAAAAAUGCGUAUGUGUG